AUGGAGAUCAGCCUUCAUGGAACGACUUAUGCAGAGAGGCUAACACCAGCCAGUGAGGUAACAGACCUGGCUGUUCAGGCAGUUGAAGCUGUUUUGCAGUUUCAGAUCAUCACGUUCAAGCCAAGGCCCUUCUUUGCAGUCAACGCUUUCAAAGGUGUCGUCACGACCUACAUUCGCAACUCCUGCAACAACAAGUAUGGAGACAAUCAAGACAUGCCUUUAAACGAUGUUGUCAAUCUUGCCAGCAAAGCUGCUAGUCAUGCAGCCAAGAAGUGGAACAAGAGUGCUGAUGUUCGAAAUCACCUCGAGACCAACUGGUUUCGCCACUGCGUCUCCAACCUCGUCAGCGGCACAGUCACCAACAUUGCCCAGCAUGCAGAAGAUCCCCAGAUGCUAGACGACCUCCCCUUCCAUGAGUAUCUGGACCCGGUGGGACGUCCAAAUAUGCGUGAUACCACUCAAGGUUACGAGGCCGACGAGUCCAGUAACGGACGCGGUUCUUCGCGUACCGCGACCGAGCAUGGGAGCCCAGAGACACAGGACGACCCUCUCCCUAUCCCCCACGAAGCCUCCACCAGAUGGACACCCAUCAACAAACCUCACCCGAAACCCGAGUCUGCUAUCCUCACCUCAACUCGGUAUCACAAGACACCACCAGUCACGCCAGCCACCACCUCUCGCAAGCGCAGUAUUGCCGCCAAGAGUUUCGAGGAGAGCACCAGUGGUGGAGGAGACUCUUCACAGCACCGAGCUAAGCGUCUUCAAACCGACAGCGUGUCGCCGUCGCUGGAGGCAGAGCGCCGACGCAGUGUCCACAACGCUGACACUGCUCCUACCCCGACGUCUGGUCAUUCACACAAGUCCUGGUCGGCAGACGAGGUCGAUAUACUCAUGAGUGCACGUGGAAGCGGAAGAACAUGGGAUCAAGUCCAUGGUGUGAGUCAAGCCUUGUUCUCGCCCUCCUCCCGACACUUUCUCCUUUCUAUCAAGGUCAAUCGACAGAAACAGAGGUGGGAUCGUUUCAUACUGACGUACCGCGAUGUACUCAAGGAGAGGCGGCAACAGGGAGGGUCGGGCAACUCUUCGGAUAGCCUGCAGGAUGAGCCGAUUACGCCAAGCCAGAGGAAUUCUAAGGAUACUAGUGUGAACCCGCCUCUGGCCAUCUCAAUAGGCCACGAGGACGAGGACGGAGAUCAAAAGCAAGACGGCCAGGAGACACACUGA